CAUUUCAAAGAAGCUCUGGACUUGGAUUUAUCCAUAAAAGAACUAGAAGCACUUCAUAUAUGUCAUACUUCAUUAGCGCUACUGCAUCAGUUCUCAAUCUGGGUACUUUAGCCGUGGAGCGAUAUCUCGCCAUCCGGAACCCACAUACCUAUAGGAACAAACUUACCGGAAAAAGAAUCCUAGUCACAAUCGCCGGCAUUUGGGUGACAUCACUCCUGCUACCGUUGCUUUAUUUCGAAGUCGGUUUUAUAACGUACGCGUUUAUUUUUGCCAAUACGGCAUUGGUUGCGGUAUUUGUCAUAACUUGUCUUAUUUACGGGUUAAUGUUAAAAAAGUUUCAUAACAGGCGUUCGAUGUAUACUGGGAAUAAUCGGGACACUUUGAAUUACAACAGCCAGUUAUCUUUGAGUACAAUUCAAAACAGUCCAGUUACGCCUCCACGGAAUAGAAAUAAUCAAAUCGGAAACAGUCUACAUCAGACUCAAGAUCUUCAAAGUCAGCUCGCACAAGAGACGAUUGCCUCAACUCAAACGACCAACGCUCUCUACAACAGCUGCCAAGCAAUGGAACAAAAAAUUACCAAAAUGUUUUUGGUUGUGUUGAUAGCGAUGCUCUUGUGCUAUGGUCCUUCGACCGUUUUCAUUUAUGUCAUGAGUUUUUGUGAGACUUGCAGCUGUAAAACCUUGCAUUGGUUUCGUGAUUUACAGUUUUUAUUUGUAAUUAUGAACAGUAGUGUCAAUUUCUUUUGUUAUGCUCUACGCUCCCCUCGGUUCCAGAACGCCUUUAAGUAUAUAUUACGUCUGAAAAGACCCGGAGAUACUUCCUCUGAAAUUCGUAGUUAG